GUCCUGAUGCUGGCAUAGUCUCCAUUGCUGUGAUACAGGGAGGUAGCAGCAUCAUCUUUUUUUUUUGUGAGCAAUAUAUGGGCCUGUAUAUACCUCCAAAGAAUCCAUCCCUAUCAAGCUGCAGCCCUGCUCUGAUUCAGGGGUGGACAAAUAUAAAGGAAACUUUGGUGCACUUCGGAAAUUGUACGUCUGAAAACUCACCAUCCAGUACUUUAACAUCUGUUUGAGCCAUCAUACGGCAACAGUAACAGCAUUUUCAAGACAUCAUCGUGAUUUUGCUCCAUUAUCAAUGAGACACUUUGUUUACUGGGACAACCGAAAACAAAGAAAAGAAGGAGACAGCUAGGCUUUGUACAUAAAGUGGUGUUCCUUCUAGUGCCAUUUACAGUUGCCUGAGUGCACCAGUAUUUUUUUCUUUUUUAGCUCAAGAGUGAGGACAGGAAUGUAGAAAAAUUCCCAUUUUUACAAUUUCCCCUUCUAUCCUUCCCUUACAACCCUUCCCUUAUUUGUCUCCUUCUGUUUGCCACCUUCUAUUUUCUUUACAUUUCCCAGCUUAACAUUUUAUUUUUUGUUUUACAAAAUCAUUUUACUUAUUGUAAUUUUACGUGUCCAACUCACUGACUUUCACUUAUUUGAUAUUUGCACUUAACAUUUUCAACAUCAGUUUUCAGUUAUUCAUAAUUUCCCCAUGGCCCUUCUUUAACAUUAACCUUUAAUAAAUCUUUUUCCCCUUCUUCUUUAUCUGUUGCCUUUUUCAUCCACCUUUCUUUGCCUUCAGCCCCAUGUGGUCACUCCUCUACCUAUCUUCUCUCCUCUCCCUUCCCCUCCAUUCCUUCUCCCUCCAGUUCCAAGGUGCUCCUGGACAGUGGGUUCGCUACUCUAGACCCACUCUAGCCAGUGGUAAUGGAGGGUGGGGAGAGGAUCUUACAUUCAGGCUUCGGACAAAUGCCAGUCGUGGCCUCCUCCUCUACCAAGAUGAUGAAGGAGACUGUGACUUUCUUGAGUUAGCCUUGGAUGGAGGGCGCCCUCGUUUGAGGUUCUCAAUUUCCUGCUCUGAACCUGCAGUUGUCCGUCUGCCCCGGAUGCUGUCAGAUGGGCUUUGGCAUGGCAUAGUAAUUGGGGGCAGUGGUCGUGAGGGCUGGCUGGCUGUAGAUGGAGAAAGGGGAGCAGCGGAGGUGCGUUCAAAACGCAGAGAAAUGAUACUUCGCAGUGACCUCUUUGUUGGUGGUCUGCCAUCUGACCUACGUUUAUCAGCCCUAACUCUUGGGGGAGCAAAGUAUGAACCUCCAUUUCUUGGUGAAUUGGAAGGAUUGCGGUUGGGUGGAAGACCUGGACAGCUCCUAGCCAGUCAAGGUGUAGGAGGAACAGAAGAGGAGGAAGAAAAAGGGAAAGAACAUGAGAAGUCCCAUACAUGCCGAGGAACUAACCCUUGCCUCAAUGGAGGAAGAUGUAGAGAUGAUAUGGAAGGAGAUGUUCGAUGUGACUGUCGGGACACUGGGUAUCAUGGAGAGAAUUGUUCUGAAGAGGAUCGUGUGAUUGAAGUUCCAGCACAUCUGACGUUAAGCAACCAAGGGAAGGAAGAAUACGCGGCAACAUUCAGAGGGAAUGAGUUCUUCUGCUAUGACCUGUCCCACAGCCCCAUCCAAAGCAGUGCAGAUGAAAUAACCCUCUCCUUCCGAACUCUCCAACGUAAUGGACUAAUGCUCCAUACAGGGAAAUCAGCAGACUACGUGAACCUUUCAUUAAAGAGCGGCGCGGUGUGGUUAGUCAUCAACCUGGGAUCAGGGGCUUUCGAGGCUCUGGUGGAACCUGUCAAUGGCAAGUUCAACGACAACAGCUGGCAUGACGUCAGAGUCACCAGGAACCUACGGCAGCAUGCAGGCAUCGGACAUGCUCUGGUAAACAAACUCCAUUACCUGGUGACCAUCUCAGUAGACGGUAUUCUCACUUCAACUGGUUACACCCAAGAGGAUUACACCAUGCUGGGAAGUGAUGACUUCUUCUACAUAGGGGGCAGUCCAAAUACAGCUGACCUUCCAGGGUCCCCUGUUAGUAACAACUUUAUGGGCUGCCUUAAGGAUGUCGUCUACAAAAAUAAUGAUUUCAAACUAGAACUCUCUCGUCUAGCUGCUGAUGGUGACCCAAAGAUGCGACUUAGUGGGGACCUCCUCUUCCGUUGUGAAAAUGUUCCUUCUUUAGACCCUGUAACAUUUCAAGUUCCUGAAGCUUUUCUACGCCUACCCCGUUGGGAAACCAAGAAGGCUGGGUCUAUUUCCUUUGAUUUUAGGACAACAGAGCCCAGUGGUCUCCUGCUUUUCAGCCAAGGAAGACCACGUGCCGGUGGGGGUGCCACAGGGUCAGCAGCUGUAGGUGCUGUUACCACUGGAAGACCAGAAAGACCACCAAAAGCAGAUUAUUUUGCAGUGGAAUUACUUGAAGGAACAUUGUACCUUUUGCUUGAUCUUGGAUCUGGUGGAAUAAAGGUUAAAGCCAGUCACAAGAAAAUCAAUGAUGGAGAGUGGUGCCAUGUGGACAUUCAGAGAGAUGGCAGGAAAGGCUCCAUUUCGGUUAACAGUCGAAACACCCCAUUCCAGGUUGGAGGUGAAAGUGAAAUACUUGAUCUUGAAGGGGACAUGUACCUUGGAGGUCUUCCAGAACCAAGAGAAGAUUUACAACUUCCUCCAGAAGUCUGGACAGCCUCACUUGGUCUUGGAUUUGUUGGGUGCAUUCGGGACCUCUUUGUGGAUGGCAAGAGCAGAGACAUCCGACGGCUUGCAGAAUCAUUAGCAACCCCAGGCGUUUCCCCUUUCUGCACUAGGGAAGCUCAGAGACAGUGUACAAGUGCCCCAUGUAGAAAUGGAGGACAGUGCAGGGAGGGUUGGAAUCGCUUCAUUUGUGACUGCGUGGGGACCGGGUACCUUGGGGACACUUGUGAAAGAGAGGCAGCAGUCCUAAGCUACGAUGGCAGCAUGUACCUCAAGGUCCUACUCCCCGGGGUCGCGCACACAGAAGCAGAGGAUGUGUCUUUACGGUUCAUGUCCCAACGAGCAUAUGGACUUCUUCUGGCCACCACCUCCAAAGAAUCUGCUGACACACUACGAUUAGAACUUGAUGGUGGAAAAGUGAAGCUCACCGUGAACUUAGACUGUAUACGGAUAGUAUGCGGGCCCAGCAAAGGACCAGAGACAUUGUUUGCAGGACAGAAACUCAAUGACAAUGAAUGGCACACAGUUCGAGUUCUCCGGAGAGGAAAAUACUUACAACUCAGCGUGGACAAUGUCACAGUUGAGGGUCACAUGGCUGGUGACCAUACGCGACUAGAGCUUCACCACCUGGAGACUGGCAUAAUGACCGAACGCCGGUUCCUUUCAGCACCACCAUCAAAUUUCCUUGGUCACCUUACUGCACUUCGCUAUAAUGGUGCCCCAUACCUUGACUUGUGCCAGGAUGGUGAGUUGGGCAGGCGAUGUGAACUCAAUGCUCGUGCUGGAGGCCUCCGUCCAUUGUUGGCUGAUCCUGUAGUCUUCCGUUCUGGUCCUGCUCACCUGGCCCUUCCGCGACUUCAGGCAUAUGCCUCGAUGCAUCUUCUUUUCAUGUUCCGUGGACGACACCCAGAUGGACUUCUGCUUUACAAUAGUGGGCAAGGUCCAGACUUCAUUGCAGUGGAGCUUGUCAAAGGGUAUAUACACUAUGUUUUUGACCUUGGAAAUGGUCCGUCACUGAUGAAGGGCAACUCUGAGCGACCAUUAAAUGAUAACCAAUGGCACAGUGUAGCUGUCUCACGAGAUCCUGGAAAUGCUCAUACAUUGAGAAUUGAUGGAAGAACAGUCACACAACACUCUACAGGAGCCAGCAAUCUGGAUCUAAAGGGUGAAUUGUACAUCGGAGGGCUUCCGAAAAAUAUGUAUGCCUCACUCCCUAAACUUGUGGCAUCUCGAGAUGGUUUUCAGGGCUGUCUAGCCUCAGUGGAUCUUAAUGGUCGUCUCCCCGACCUAUUGACUGAUGCUCUGCAUCGAUUUGGCAAUGUGGAAAGGGGCUGUGAUGGUCCCAGCACCACAUGCUCAGAGGAAUCUUGUGGAAAUCUUGGAGUUUGUCUCCAGCAGUGGGACGGUUUUACAUGUGACUGCACGAUGACCUCGUACGGUGGACCCGUCUGCAAUGAUCCUGGUACCACAUAUAUUUUUGGAAAAGGGGGUGCCCUUAUCACCUACACAUGGCCCCCAAAUGACCGACCUAGUACGAGAGCUGAUCGACUUGCAGUCGGCUUUACAACUCAACAAAAGGAUGCAGUAUUACUCCGAGUGGACAGUGCUUCUGGUCUGGGGGACUAUUUACAGCUUCAUAUAGACCAGGGCACAGUGGGGGUGAUAUUUAACGUGGGCACAGAUGAUAUAACUAUUGAGGAGCCAGGGGCCUUGGUGAGCGAUGGAAAAUAUCAUGUCGUGAGGUUUACUCGUAGUGGGGGCAAUGCUACCCUGCAGGUGGACAGCUGGCCCGUCAAUGAGAGAUACCCUGCAGGGAACCCAGAUAGUGAAAGAUUGGCGCUUGCCCGUCAGCGCAUCCCCUACCGCCUGGGUCGUGUUGUAGACGAUUGGCUGCUAGACAAAGGUCGGCAGCUUACCAUCUUCAACAGCCAGGCGGCUAUUAAAGUUGGAGGAAAGGAUCAGGGCCGUCCUUUCCAAGGCCAGAUCUCAGGCUUAUACUAUAAUGGGCUGAAAGUUCUGUCUCUUGCUGCUGAAAGUGACCCCAAUGUCAAGACAGAGGGCAACCUAAUGUUGGUUGGGGAGGUUCCAUCUGUCAUGACAACAGAAACCACAGCCACCACUCUUUUGGCUGACAUGUCCACCACCAUUAUGGAAACCACCACUACCAUGGCCACCACAACAACAAGGAAAGGGAGGUCCCCUACUAUGAGAGACAGCAUCACGCAGAAUUCUGAUGACCUUCUUGUAGCCUCAGCCGAGUGUCCUAGUGAUGAUGAAGAUUUGGAGGAGUGUGAGCCAAGCACUGGAGGGGAAUUAAUAUUACCCAUAAUCACCGAAGAUUCCUUAGAUACCCCUCCCAUUGCCACUCGUUCCCCAUUUGUACCACCACCCCCUACCUAUCAACCUGUCCUCACUCUGGUGGACACCACCAAAGAUUCCUUGAGUAGUCAUUCGAACUCGAGGCCACCUUGCCCUUCAGAGCAGGAGGAUAGUGAUUGUGAGGAGGCAAUAGAGGUCUCUGGUUAUGCUUCAGGGGAGGUGUUUGAAUCAAGCUUUCCUCCCACUGAUGAUGAGGACUUCUACACCAGUUUUCCAUUGGUUACAGAUAGAACCUUACUGUCCAAAUCAGAUGGGGCAGCAAGGAAACCUCCUGCAUACCGGCCAAAUAUAAGAGCAGGAGGUUCAACUUCCUCUCCUUAUGACCUUCUCACCUCCACCACAUCCCCAGACCUUAUUCCUAAUAUCCCUGCUGGUAAAAUGAACAACAGGGAACCCCCAAAACUUAACCAGUACCCCCAUAUUCCUACCACCUUCCCUUUGGACAAGUUGAAUAAGCAGAGAAUUCCACCAAUAACAUCUUCCCCCAAUUUCCAAAAUUUCCCUACAGCAAACCCUACAGGUACAGGGGAGAAAGGGGCCCCAGGAGCAGUGGAAGUUAUAAGGGAGUCCAGCAGCACCACCGGGAUGGUGGUGGGAAUCGUGGCAGCAGCUGCCCUCUGCAUCCUCAUACUCCUUUACGCAAUGUACAAGUACAGGAAUCGAGAUGAGGGGUCCUACCAGGUGGAUCAAACCCGGAACUACAUCAGCAAUUCAGCCCAGAGCAAUGGUGCUGUAGUGAAAGAAAAAACAGCACCUGCCACUAAAACAGCUGGUAAGAGUAAGAAAAAUAAAGACAAAGAGUAUUAUGUGUGAAGGCAUAGAAUGGACCCUCCCAAUUGUGGAGGCAGGGUUGGGCAAAAUCCAGCCAGCUAUUCAAUGAAAAUACCAGACUGACCCCAUGCUGUGACCAAUCAUAGACUAAGCAACAGUGACUAAGCCCCAGGUCAACAGUUGGCUGUCACCUUAUCGAGCCAAUCAGAUGUUUUUACAACUGCCAGCUGUAAAACCCAGCUAUGGGUUGAGCAGAUGGUAACCUUUGGUCAGCCAUUUGAAUGUUGACAAACUAGCAAAUCUACAGUACCUACCGUAAAUAACUAAGGAACCAUACAUGAACAUAACCACUGGUCAUCAAAUCACCAAACGCUGGAUAAACACCAACCAGUUUUCAGCCAAUUGACCAUGAUCUGAGCAUCUGUUGGGACAAAUGCGACAACAAGAGAUUCCUCCAUUUUUUAACAUCCCUACUCCUAGUAUCUUCUACCUACACCUUUCACUUUGACCUCAACGGGAAACAUGUCAUACUCCUGCCUUUUCCUCCUCUUUUAUUUUUGAGGAGAGAAAGACAAGGUUUCCAUCAAAUUGGAAGCUCUUAAAAUGAUGAUAAUUUAAAUGCAUACAUAACAAAAGUUUGGUUCAUGACCAAGGGUGGCAGUAGUGGGUAACGGGAUGUAGUGCGGAUAUAUAUUUCCAUUAACAGACAUGCAGAAAAAAAGAGGGAUGUAAACUGAUGAUCAACCAUCUACAAUCCUUUAACAAAUUGGAGCCAUUGAGGGGAGAGGAUACUGUUGUGUUGGGAGGACUUAGAGACAAGGACUCACAAACAAUUUUGGAAAGAGGGCUAACUGGACUGGGCUUGGUUAUGCUCUCCCCUCCCUUAUCCCAAUUGCCCCCCAAUUUCCUCUAUGCCCUCCUACAGAUCAAGGUAAUUUCUAUUCUGGUUUGUGUGGUGUCGUCUUGGUUUUUUGAACGCUGAGCCGUGCGUUUGACUUUUUCGUGGACUGAAUCUACUGCCCCACACCCUCUUGAAAAAAAAAAUUACCACCCCAGGUUAUGUCCACAUACCCCACUAAAUAAAAAGGACAAGUAAAAUGGGGGAUUGGGGUAUUGGGGCAAAGAGAGUAUCAGAAUAUCAAUAAAGCAGAUGUUACGGCCUUGUAUAA